CCAAAGUUUAAAUGUUUAACACAAUGCGCGAGGAUGACAUUGAAUUCGCCAUCAAAGUUGUUAUUGUUGGCAAUGGCGGAGUCGGUAAAUCGUCCAUGAUUCAACGCUACUGCAAGGGCAUUUUUACCAAGGACUACAAAAAGACCAUUGGUGUGGAUUUCCUGGAGCGACAAAUCGAAAUCGAUGGCGAAGAUGUACGAAUCAUGUUGUGGGAUACAGCUGGUCAGGAGGAAUUCGAUGCCAUUACAAAAGCAUAUUAUCGUGGUGCUCAGGCCUGUGUUCUAACCUUUUCGACGACAGAUCGGGCCUCAUUCGAGGCCAUACGCGAAUGGAAGCGUAAGGUGGAAAAUGAAUGUCAAGAAAUACCCACCGUAAUUGUACAGAAUAAAAUCGAUCUCAUCGAUCAGGCGGUCGUGACGGCCGAUGAAGUUGAAUCCCUAGCACAAGAAUUGAAUUGCCGACUAAUCAGAACCUCCGUGAAGGAAGAUGUUAAUGUGGCAUCGGUAUUUCGUUAUUUGGCCACCAAAUGUCAUCAGUUAAGUCAGGCAUCCUACAUGGAACAAAAUCAACAGUCUCAAGUCAAUGGUGGUUCAGCAUACAGCCAUGAAAGUCACAAGACCAUUAGUGCGUUUAGUCCAACAUUUACAAAGGCCAAGUCAACACCGGGCACCAUAAAACUGCAAAAAAGUUCAACAGCACGAAAGCGUAAAAUAAUAUUAAAAAAAUGCGGCAUAGUAUGAAACACAUGAUUGCCAAAACAUGAUGGCGCCCAACAGUC